UUUGUCGCUGAUGGUAUCUUCAAAGCUGAGCUGAAUGAGUUUCUGACUCGUGAGCUGGCUGAAGAUGGCUACUCUGGAGUAGAAGUACGAGUGACUCCCACCAGGACUGAGAUUAUCAUACUUGCCACCAGGACGCAGAAUGUGCUGGGGGAGAAGGGCCGGCGCAUCCGGGAGCUGACGGCUGUCGUGCAGAAGAGGUUUGGAUUCCCCGAGGGAAGCGUUGAGCUCUACGCCGAGAAGGUGGCCACCAGAGGCCUGUGUGCCAUCGCCCAGGCAGAGUCCCUGCGGUACAAGCUCCUGGGAGGCUUAGCAGUGCGGCGAGCCUGCUACGGUGUCCUGCGCUUCAUCAUGGAGAGCGGCGCCAAGGGCUGCGAGGUGGUGGUGUCCGGCAAGCUGCGGGGGCAGCGCGCCAAGUCCAUGAAGUUCGUGGACGGGCUGAUGAUCCACAGUGGAGACCCGGUGAAUUACUACGUCGACACGGCCGUGCGACACGUCCUCCUCCGGCAGGGUCAGUGCCUGGGCC